AUGUAUGCCUGUGCCAAGUUCAUCUCUCCCCCUGCCCUUGUGAGGAACAGCUCUCAGCUAGCUGCUGAGCGGACUGUUAUCUGCAGUGGUUCCAAAAUGGCCAGAGGUUCGACUGAUGAGAAGCUUAGCAUUUUGGCAGCAUCAGGUCCCUUGACCUCACUUGUCCCCAGAUGUGGAUUCCAAACUAGCACCAUCCCAAGGGAUAUUGGCACAGUGGCCAAGUUCAUUGGGGCUGGGGCUGCCACUGUGGGGGUGGCUGGCUCUGGAGCUGGGAUUGGGACUGUAUUUGGAAGUCUCAUCAUUGGUUAUGUCACGAACCCUUUCCUGAAACAGCAGCUCUUUUCCUACAUCAUCCUGGGCUUUGCCCUGUCUGAGGCCAUAGGGCUCUUUUGCCUGAUGGUGGCCUUCCUCAUCCUCUUCGCCAUGUGAUGGAGCC